UUCAGCUCGGACGUGUCAUGAGUACAGACAACUGAAAGGACACUAUUGAUAUACAUGACUCUCUUCGGUUUUUGCCAUACAAGGAUAAAUCUGCCGUGAUAAAAAAGUUUGACUAAAGUAGUUUGAAUCCUUUUCGGUGCCGUGUUGGAUCUGGGUAACUGCUCAUGUGAGUUUUCCUCCAGCUAUGGAACCCUGGCCUCUCAUGGCCUGGGGCCUAAUGCUGACCGCCAUCACCGGCUGGAUCAAAGCGGUUCAAUCGAGGGACUUCACAGAAAAAGACAUUGUUUUUCUCCAUCCCUCACCAACUCCAUAUCCAGGAGGAUUUAAAUGUUUUACAUGUGAAGAUGCACCUGACAACUAUGAAUGCAACCGCUGGGCUCCAGAUCUCUACUGUCCACGAGAGAGCAGAUAUUGCUACACACAACAUAAGAUGAGCUGGGAUGGAAACACAGUGUCGGUGGCAAAGCGUUGUGUGGCGCUGGAAGACUGUCUUGCAACAGGGUGCUCUGAGGUGGAUCAUGAAGGAAACAAGGUGUGUAUAUCCUGUUGUGAGGGGAACAUCUGUAACAUGCCCCUCCCACAAAACGAGACUGACGCCAUCUUUGCCCCCACAUCUCCCAUUAACGAGAGCGUUCAACCAGCACAGAGUCCCACGCUGCUGCUUUCUGUCUGUAUCAUCAGCCUGAUGCUCCACAGUAUUAACUGAGAGAAUCGCCCGGAGUGGAAUAAACCAUUAUGGCAGUCAUUUAGGAAACCGUUGACUUGUGCCAGUCAGGUGUGGGAUUUACUUUCCUCAAAAUGAAGUGUUAGUUCUUGGACUUUUUAUUUCCUUUGAAUACAUUUUUAUGAAUCCUAUACUAAUGUUCGAUAUGAAAAAAAAAAUAUUGGGUGGUUUCCCUGAAGCUGAAUGAACUUGUCUAAUCGAUGGUUCCGAGUUUUUCGCGAUGGACAUGGGAUGGGGAUAUUUAUGGCAAAACUGACACAAACCUGCACAUUUUUUUUUUUACUUGUAUUAAUGUUAGUUGUGUUUUGUACAUUUGUA